AAUAAUUUCAUUCCCGACAAGAACAUCUGAUUUUGAAGCUCUGUCAUUUUCCGACGACGGCAAUGGCGUCAGCUUCCAAGAACAUUCAGCAAAACCCUUUCUCCUCGAAACCACCACGGCCUCCGUAUUCCUCCGGCGCUGCAUCAACAACCGCAGUGGCUUCCACCUCAGCCGAGCCCCUAAUUCGAAACUCUACCUUAAAUCCUAACCCUAGCACCAGCGGCUUACCGUCGACAUCGAAUUCACCGAUUACGAUGUCACAAGAAGAUGAAAUCCUCGCACGCUCCAGUCACAUAACCCGGUCGGAGCUUCUCAAACGCCGAUCACACAACCUGAAGCAGCUGGCCAAGUGUUAUAGAGACAAUUAUUGGGCUUUAAUGGAGGAUGUCAAGGCACAACACAGGGAUUAUUGGUGGAAGUAUGGGAUUAGUCAGUUUAAAGACGAAAAUAAUCAAUCGAAUAAGAGACGGAGGCUUGGUCAAGAGGGAGAUAUCGGAGAUGGUGGUGAUGCUGUUGAAGGUAGUGGAGACAAUGUUACUAACAAUGAUGGUGUUAAGAGUGAUCAGUAUGCGAAUAGUAAUUGUGGGAGUUGUAUGUAUGGAUGCAAAGCUAAAGCUAUGGCGCUUACGAAAUACUGUCAAUUGCAUAUUCUCAAGGAUAGUAAGCAGAAGCUCUACACUGGUUGCACAAACGUCAUUAAACGUUUUUCAUAGGGUUUGGGAGAAGUCUUAGCUUUGGACAUCGAGAUAGUGAUCGUCGAGCCCCAGCAGGACCAUUACUUUGUGGAAAACCAACACUUGCGUCGACUGUUCCUGCACUGUGUAAUAUACACUUCCAGAAAGCCCAAAAGCAUGUGGCUAAAGCUUUAAAGGAUGCUGGUCAUAAUGUCUCUUCAACAAGCAAGCCUCCCCCAAAGCUCCAUGUUAUAGUAGCUGCGUUUGUGCAUCAUAUUCAAGCGAAACGAAAAAAUCCACAGAAGGAGUGUAAACUUAAAAGUGUAGUAAAAGAAGAAAAUACAAGCUGAGUUGAGCUGUUAGCGUUGCCAGAAGUUAUUUUUGUGUAUGUCCCAGAAGGGAAAAGGUGAGGAUCUCUGCCUUACUAUAUCAUUCUAAGAAGUGACAUAAAACGUAUUAUGUUGCGCUCUUAAUCGUCUACAGAUUUUGUUACAGUGUAGGUAUCGGAUGUUUAUCUGCCCUGAGCUAUUAAGAGAGGUUUUGUUACAGUGUCCGGUAGGGUAUAGUAGUUUAGAUAGUGGUAGUUUAUUAGGCUUAAUAAGAAGAUAACAGAUCCAUAAGCACAAAAACUAGUGUGUUGGAAGUUGGAACUCAUUCUAACAUUUGGAGAUGUCCAUUUCAGUUUAGUUGCAAUUUUGUUCAUUUCUAAAA